GUGGAGGACGUGUUCUGCGAUGGCUGAGGUAGCCCCGGCUCCGGCGACGAAAGCGGCGGCGAGGAGAGCGGCGGGCGCCACCAAGGCGCGGAAGCCGGCCGGCCCCAGCGUGACGGAGCUGCUGAUGCAGGCGGUGACGGCUUCUAAGGAGCGCGGCGGCAUCUCCUUGGCCGCGCUGAAGAAAUCUCUGGCGGCGUCGGGCUACGACGUGGAGAAGAACAACAGCCGCGUCAAGCUGGGACUGAAGAGCCUGGUGACCAAAGGGACGCUGCUGCAGACGAAGGGCACGGGAGCCUCGGGUUCCUUCAAGCUCAACAAGAAGCAGGCCGACCCCAAGGACAAGGCGGCCCGCAAGAAGCAGCAGCAAUCGGCGGGGGCCAAAAACGCCAAGAAGCCCACCGGCGCCGCCAAGAAGGCGAAAAAGGCUCCGGUUGCCGCCGGGGCGAAGAAACCCGUCAAAAAGGCUGUCAAAAAGCCCACCUCACUGGUGGCCAAGAAGCCGAAAAGUCCCGCCAAACCCCUGAAGGCGAAGGCAAAAGCCAAGCCUAAGGCCGCCACGAAGGCCAAAGCCGCCCCUAAAAAGAAGUGAAGCGCCGGCCGGCUUUCGCUUCAACCCAACGGCUCUUUUAAGAGCCACCUCAAAAUGAUCUCGGGAAAGAGUUGAGCCAUUGCGGACCGGUGUGAAGACUAUAAACAUCCUUCGGUUUGGUUUUGGAGGGAAAUACUGGCGAGGGGAAAGAACGGGGAAGGUAGCGUGGCCGAGCGGUCUAAGGCGCUGGAUUAAGGCUCCAGUCUCUUCGGAGGCGUGGGUUCGAAUCCCACCGCUGCCAGGAAUUUUUUUUUUAAAAACCAUCCCAAUGCAUCUUAACUUUUUUAUUUGUACAUCUAAUAGGACUUUUAAAACUUUUGGAGACCAAAACGGAAGGGCGUUGCUUUAUAUCUUAAAUUUAAAAGGAACCCCAUUUUUUCCCCCAGGAGAGUAUCAGUAGAUGACUAGAUGACCUCCAGGAUCCCUUUUCCAACUAGUUACUGUAGGAAGCCUCAACUUCCACCCAAAGCAAAAAAAUGUAAACCGUCAUCCCUUGCGUAGCCUAAUGCCGACGAGGAUGGGAUUCGAACCCACGCGUGCAGAGCACAAUGGAUUAGCAGUCCAUCGCCUUAACCACUCGGCCACCUCGUCGUUCUGCGUGUUCAGUCCUGGGGUUUUCUCCUGCCCAAGUAUAGAGUAAAAAAUAACUAAAUCCCACUUUUAUGUGUAUUAAAAUAAAAGCGUUGCAUACUG